CCUCUUUCUUUCCCCCCUCUCUCUCUCCACACACGCGCGCCAAUCCUCACCCUCGGUGUCAGAGACAAGCUACUAAAGGGCCUCUUCUUCUUCAUCUUCUUCAUCUUCUCCACCUCUUCCAACUCGAGAUAUUAUUGGGAUUCAGUUCUCAGUGAUUUUCAAGCCAAUAAAACUCAGCCAACCAAGCAAAACUUCGAAAGAGGAUUGCCUGAUCUACCAACAGACGGACUACGGACAACACGAACGGACAACCGACAAAACAAAGAGAUUACUUUCACAACCCUUUCUCUGUUCUAGGAGAGUUGGACAUAAGGAACCCUUUGUUCAACCAAACCCAAGCUCGAACCGUACGACUACGCUCGAUCCUUUCGAAACUCCGCAAAGCCAACAACCCAACACACCACAACCACCACCAACGAACGCACCAAGCUUCACACGCCCACCACAACCCACGAAGAAAAACGACUCACAGGCCCACCAACCCGACACACGCCGUGCCUUUAACUAGCCAUGGCUUCCACCACCACCACCACCGCGCCCCCCCCGCAGUUCGCCUUCCGCACCCUCAAGGAAAUCGGCCUCACCGACGCCGCGCCCCUCUACGCGUCCGUGCCCGGCUUCACGCGCCCCCAGGGAAACUCGCGCUGCUGCAUCUACUCGCCCUGCGGACGCUACUUCGCCUGGGCCGCCGUCGAGGGCGUGCACGUCGUUGACUCGGCCACUGGCGCUCCGGUUGCAGAGCUGCCCGUCCCGAACGUCUAUGAGCUCGCCUUCUCGCCGCGCGGAUCGUAUGUUAUUACGUGGGAGCGCCCGAGCAAGGACGAGGCGGGCGAUGCGGUCAAGAACUUGAAGGUGUGGCGGACGAUUGAGGAGGGGGAGCGCACGGUGCUGGGUCGCUGGGUGCAGAAGAGUCAGACGGGGUGGAAUUUGCAGUAUACCGCUGAUGAGAAGUACUGCGCGCGCGUUGUGACAAAUGAGGUGCAGUUCUAUGAGAGCCAUGAGUUGGCCGUGCCGUGGAACAGGCUGAGGGCCGAGGGUGUGGCAGAUUUUGCCUUGUCGCCGGGGAACAAUAAUUCGGUGGCUGUCUUUAUCCCACAGCGCAAGGGCCAACCCGCCGCAGUCAAGGUAUUCAAUGUGCCUCAGUUCGGCACCGCCGUGUCACAAAAGACCUUCUUCAAGGGCGACAAAGUGCAGCUGAAGUGGAACGCCCUCGGCACGACACUCAUCGUGCUCGCACAGACCGAGGUCGACAAGACCGGCAAGAGCUACUACGGCGAGACGACGCUGUACGUUCUCAGCGCCAACGGCGGCUUCGACUCGCGCAUCACUCUCGACAAGGAGGGCCCCAUCCACGACGUCACCUGGUCGCCCAACUCGCGCGAAUUCGGCGUCGUCUACGGUUACAUGCCCGCCAAGACGACCAUCUUCAACACCCGCGCCGUGGCAACGCACUCCUUCCCGCUCGGGCCGCGUAACACGAUCCUUUUCUCGCCCACCGGGCGCUUCGUGCUCGUCGCCGGCUUCGGCAACCUCGCGGGCCAGGUGGACGUCUACGAUCUGAGCAAGGAUUACCGUAAGCUCACGACCAUCGAGUCCGGCAACCCCAGCGUCUGCGAAUGGAGCCCCGACGAGCGCUUCCUCCUCACCGCGACGACAUCCCCACGUCUCCGCGUCGACAACGGAAUCCGCAUCUACCACGUCGCCGGGUCCAUCGUCUACAACGAAGACAUGGUGGAACUCUACCACGUCGCAUGGCGCCCGUCCCUCCCGGGCCCCAACACGGUCUCCAACCCGCUCGCGCCAGUCCCGCAACACUCGUCCGCGGCGCAGUACCUCACCACCGUGAAAACCCCCUCCAAGCCCGCUGGCGCCUACCGCCCCCCCGGAGCCCGCGGGACCAGCACUCCCCUCCACUUCAAGCGCGAAGACGAGGGCGGCGCCGCACACACCGUCAGCAACGGGACCUCCCUCGUCAGCGCCCCCGUCUUCGGCCACCAAGGCCCGCGCGCGCGCCGCGCUGUUCCAGGCGCGGAACUGGUUGAGGCGGCCCCAGCUGCGGGUGCGGAGGAUGAGAAUCUCAGCAAGGCGGCGCUGAAGAAUAAGAAGAAGCGCGAGGCGAAGAAGGCGAAGGAGGCGGAGAUUAAGGCUGGUGGCGGGGCGCCGGCUGUGCCGCCUGGAUUCGAGGGAGUUGCUGCCGGCGGGGGUGCGCAGAGGGCGAAUGGUAAUGCGAAUGGCAAUGCCAACGGCGGUCGCGGGGCUGGGCGUAAUACCCCUGCGGCUGGGACUGCUGCGGCGCCGUCUACGCCUGCCCGUCGCGCGCCCGCUGCUGCUGCGGCGGCGGUGCCGGUGCCGGAGCCGGUGGUGGUGGUGGAGGAGGUGCUGAGCCCGGGAGGCGGGUCGGCGCAUGCGAAGAAGCUGAGGGGGUUGCAGAAGAAGAUGAGGGCGAUUGAGGAGUUGGAGAUGAGACUUGCGGGGGGGGAGAGGCUAGAGGAUACGCAGAUGAGGAAGAUUGGGACGAAGGCUAGUGUGGUUAAGGACCUGGAGGGGUUGGAAGGGGGGGUUUAG